CCCACAUUUAUCUGUUGAGACAUGGAAAACAAGGAGAGGGAACUUAGCAGUUUUCCCCUGCCGCCGAUCUAUCGCUCAAAGCUUGUUGCUGCUGGCUUUAUCACAGUGGGUGACAUAAAAGAUGUCAGACCAGUGGAACUUAGUAAAGAGUUAUCAAUAUCCAAAGAAGCAGCCCUGGAUAUUCUGCAGACUAUUGAAAACCAUUCCUCAACAAAACCUGGCAAUGGACAUUCAUCCAGUUGCUCUCAAGCACGAACAGCGUUAGAUAUGCUGAGAGAUGAGAGCCUGCAGCAGUAUAUUAUCACAUUCUCAGAGAGGCUAGAUGACAUGUUGGGGGGCGGGGUCCCACUGACCAAGACAACCGAGUUCUGUGGGGCACCUGGUAUUGGGAAAACACAGAUGAGUUUUCAACUCUCAGUUGAUGUACAGAUUCCAGAGUGUUUUGGGGGUCUAGGGGGAGAGGCAGUGUAUAUAGACACAGAAGGAAGCUUUAUAGUAGACAGACUAAUAGAUGUUGCCAAGGCUACAGUCGAACACUGCCAGCACAUUGCAGCAGCAGAGAAUAGUGCAGAGCAAGUUGAAGCCUUGAAGAAUUUUUCUGUGGAGUCCAUAUUAAAAGGAAUCCACUACUACAGGUGCCAUAAUUAUGUAGAGCUCAUUGCUACAGUGCAUCUUCUUCCAGAAUUUUUAAAGGAACACUCGCAGGUCAAGCUCAUAAUUGUAGACAGCAUAGCUUUUCAUUUCCGGCAUGACUUUGAUGAUCUUGCUCUAAGAACCAGGCUACUCAAUGGAAUGUCUCAGAGUUUCAUACGGUUGGCAAAUGAACACACUUUAGCUGUCGUGCUGACCAACCAGAUGACCACACGUUUCAGCGUUGACCAGCAAGGACAGUCGUACCUGAUUCCGGCCCUGGGGGAGAGCUGGGGGCACGCCAGUACGGUGAGGGUGGUGCUGUACUGGGAGAACAGCCAGAGAUGGGCCAAAUUAUAUAAGUCACCCUAUAGGAAGGAGGACACGAUACCAUAUCAAGUCACGACUGGAGGAAUAAGGGAUGUACAAAUUACAGAUCCUGUAACAGUACCCACACAUACACCAUUACAAGAUGAGUCACAACCUUGUGGUAAGAAAAGGAAAAUAGAUACACAAUGAACAGGAAAAAAGUAAUGUUAGCCCCCAUGGCAGCUUACAGAAUGGAUAUGCCUGAUAUAUUCUGGUGCCCUUUAAGGAAGACAAUUACCAAGAGCAUUGUACCUUAAAGGAGGAUUGACAGAAUGGAGAUUGACUUCUGGUAUUAUUGAUGUUGACAGGAGAUGGUGGGCACUAGGAUGUUUAGUUCAGCCAUUGGUUGCAGCAGAUGUGCUAAAAUCUAAAAUCAGAUUUGGCAGUUACAAGAAAUUUUGCUGGAACAAUGAACUUUUUUCCAAACAGACUGUAAAUUCAAAAUGGCAGCUUUAAAAAUUGUUUCUAAUCACUUGGAAUGCCUGAACACAAUUUAAUACAGGUCCUUGAAAAUUUUUAAAAUCAUUCAUGACCAAAAGGAUGACAACUUCAGUAUGACUGCUAUAGUGUUGAUGAGCUAGGAUGGUUGCCUCCUUUCCUCCACAAAUAACAGGUGGAUUAAUUUGUUAUGAUUUGCCAACCUUCAUGGAUACUUCACUUCACUUUUGGAACCUGAAGAGAUAGUAACUGGCUAGCAUUGCCAGUAUGUUGUUCACCAAGAGUGUGAUUAGAUCUGUCAAAGAUACUGGAGGAGACUUUUAACCUUUUUUUUCACUUUCAUGGUUAAUAAGUGCCCUUAAUAAGACCAUAGUCAUACAAAUGAUGUAAAAUUAACUGUUCAGUUUAUGUCAAAGAACAGUUUUACAACUGUUUAUGUUUAAUACAAAUAUUUAAUGAAAGUUUUGUUUGUGUCUAGUCUAGGCAUUUGUGAAAAAAAAACAAGGUUAGUUUUAGUUUACAACCUGAGCAAUGUUACAACAACA